AUGGCGUUGCGAACUAGCAACAACGCGUUCGCGGAGAUGGAUUUCCCGAACCCCAAGCUUCAGAUUCGCACUAAGCCACGUUCCAAAAGCCCUGAAAAAGCUCGCCAGCAAUCCCCUUCUCGUGCUCCUACUCGCGGCAACCUGAGUCCGCAAAGAGGCCAACCAAGCCCGGGCCGCCGCAGCUCCGCCAAUGGCCGGGACUCUGGCGCCGCUCCCGCUCGCAGAGACUCCUACGGCACUUCCGCAUCGGCGCGCGAGCCCGAAGCAGCUCGGCACUCGAUGGGGCACAGCAACAGCCUUGGAGGACUGAGCAACCUUGGCGGCCUAGCAUCCGACCGUGUGGGCGGGGGCCGCCGUGCCUCUGACCUUCCGCCUCCGCCUGUGGAAGAAGUGUCGCUUCAGGCGCCGUUCCCCAGCAGCUGGCUCGCGAGCGGGCUCUCGUCGGACGAUCUCCGCGAAUGUGCAUAUGAAUUGCUUGUGAAUGUUGUCGGCCCGAAGCCCGCGCCGGUCAACCGGAACGCGGCGGCGGCGCGGAAGCAGCAGAAUAAAGGAAUUAUUUCUGACGAGAUGAAGGCGGUCUUGCGUCUCAAGGCGGGGAGCGAUCCGGGAAAGGACGGCGCCGCGGCGCUGACACCGUUGGAUGUGGUGCGGCGGCAGCUGGAUAUAUCGGAAGCGUGCGAUGAACGCACGAGGGCUGCGCUGAUACGCGCGCAUGCGUCGGCAAAGAAGCCGGAGAGUCUGGUGGUGCCUCUCGAGUUGCUGUGCCAGCUCAACAUCGCCGACUUCCCCUCUCAACGCGACUACUCCCGCUGGAAGCGCCGCCAGCUCAUGCUCCUCGACCAAGCCACAGCGCGCCAUCCGGGCCGCGCUGCCCCAUCGUCCUCCGCCUCCUCCGCCACGCCCCCCCCGAAAGGCUACAACCGCGACAAGGCCGACAGCGCCAUGCGACAAUUGAAGCAGCUUAUAGCGGAGCUGACGUCGGGGCAGCGGGACAUGCAGGAGACGGCGGCGCGGCAGGCGCUGCGCAACGCGGUGACGACGGUGGUGGACAUGCCGCUCGCAAGCGGCGGAAAAGGCGGGGGCCUCCCCGCGGAGGGGCGGUGGGCGGACGGGUGGCCGCUGAACGUGCGGCUGUACGCGACGCUGCUAGGGUCCGUGUUUUCGGGGCUGCAGGCGGCGACGCUGGUGGAGGAGUUGGAAGAGGUGUUGGAGAUCCUGGGGAAGGUGUGGCCCGUGCUGGGCAUCACGCCUCUCGUGCACCGCUGCGUGUUCGCGUGGCUGUUCCUGAAGCACUACGUGUCGUCCGGGCAGAAGGAGCCCGCGCUGCUCGUCGCCGCGGAUUUCCAGCUCCGCGCGGUAGAGACGGAGGUGAAGAAUGAACUGGGUAAGAGCACAGAGCAGCAGCAGCAGGAGCAGGUGCUCGUGCUACUCACGCUGCUGCCGCACAUGGUCAAGUACGGCGAGCCGCGCCUCCUCGCGUACCACGACGAGUUCCCCGACGGCGGGCCCGCGUUCGAGUCCACGGCGGGGCUCAUGCUGCGCGCCGAUGCGCUGCUGCAGAGCGAGGAGGUGGUGGCGGCGGCGCAGCGCGCGGCGAGCGCGGGGGUGAAGCUGCCCGGGAACGGGAGCGCCAAGGCGGGCAGCAGCGUGGGGCCCAAGAGGCGCGCGGACCAGUUUGUGCGCUCGUCCGUCAAGAAGGCGUUUGCCGCUGUGCGCGAGGCGGCGGCGCAGAGGCAGGUGACGCUGAAGCAGGCGCACGGGGGGGUGCCGCCGCUGCUGGUGGCGCUGGCGGCGGAGAGCAGCAUGCUGGCGGUGGACUCGGUGGGGCGCUACGCCGCCGCGCUCCGACCCUGGAACUCCAACGCGGGCGGGCUCACCGUCGCCAUAGUGCACUCGUGUUAUAAGAACGAGCUGAAGCUGUUUAUAGCGGAUCGCAAUGUGCUGUCUGUGGAGAUGACUCAGGUGCUGCUGCAGGCGGAGAAGCUGGAGAAGCAGCUGAUAGAGAUGGCGGUGGAGGAGGGCGCGGACGCGGAGGACGGGGGCGCGGAGGUGAUUCAGGAGAUGCCGCCGUACGAGACGCAGCGCACCAUCGAGGUCAUGCUGCAGCAGUGGCAGGACAACCGCAUCGCCAAGUGCGCCGAGUGGGUCGACCGCGCCAUCCAGCUCGAGAAGUGGGAGCCCAAGGCGAUGAAGGCGUUCUGUGCGUCGAGUGUGAUGGACGUGCUGGGGCUGCUGGACGAGACGCAGGAGGCCUUCUUCGCGCUGCCGCUGCCCCCGCGCGCCGACAUGCUGGUCAGCGUGGUGCGCGCCAUGGAGGCCGCGCUGCUCAAGUACUGCAAGGCCGUCACCGCCCACGUUGGCGACAAGUCCCAGUUCCUGCCCCCGCUCCCGCCCCUCACGCGCUACAAGGAGGGUGGAGCGCAGGAGAAGGGCGCGGCAAUCCUCGCAGCAGCCGCAGCCACAGCCGCAGCCAACGGCAGCAACGGCACGAACGGCAGCAGCAGGGGUGGCGGGGGCAAGGAGAGCAAGAGCGACCGGUACGCAGUGCCGCGGCUGCUGGUGCGCAUCAACACGCUGUUCCACAUCCACAACGAGGUGGACGCUCUGGCUGCUCGCAUCCGCAGCGCGUGGGAGCGCGCCAUGGCCCCCUCUGCCUCCUCGCCCUCCACCGCUGCUCCCGUGCAGAAGUCCUUCUGGCCCCUGCCCUCCUUCAAGAAGGUGGAGACGAACGUGCCUCUGGUCCCCCCCCUCCCGUCGGAGCUGAUCUGCAUGUUUGACGACGUGCGGCACGAGUCAGAGACAGCCAUGGCGCACCUGUGCCAGUUUGUGGCGUACCGUGUGGUGUGCCACGAGCUCAAGGACGUGGCCGUCGAUGCUCUCUACGCGGGCGGCCCGGCCACGCGCAUGCGCAUUGCGGCGGUGCUGGAGCGUCUGCACCCGCACCUCGUGGUGAUUGCGGAUAUUAUCAAUGACGGGCUGCGGGACCGCGUGGUGCUGGAGGUGCUGCGUGCACUCGUGCACUGUUACAUGCGUGCCCUGCUGGCCGGCGGGCCGGCUAGAAGCUUCACGGUGCCGGAGGUGCCAGCUCUGAAAGAGGACCUGAGCUUCCUCUCAGAGCUCUUCAUUGACGGAGGAGAUGGGCUCCCUGCUGACAAGGUCCAGGCCGCCCUCGCCCCCGCUGCUUCCAUUGUCACACUCAUGAGCCGCGACACCGACGACCUUAUCCGGAAGUUUGAUGCGGCUUAUAAGGAGUUUUUGCGGACGGUGCCGGGAGGGGGUGCAGGAGGGAAGGAUGCAAAGGGGAACCUGGUGCUGCCGCCGGUGCCGGAGGAGUGGUGUCCAACGGACGCUAAUACACUGUUGCGGGUGCUGUGCUAUAGAGGGGACAGGCGGUCGUCGAAGCAUCUGAAGAAGGUGUUUGACCUGCCCAAGGAGCUCAAAAAGCCAUGGUACUGA